AUGGAUGUUCAAAAAUAUCUACGUCGAAUUGGCUGCGCUGAUCCAUGUCCUCCGACCCUAGACACACUCCGAUACAUUCACCGAAAUCAUUUGCUGAAUGUACCCUUUGAAAAUUUGACUAUUCAUUCCGGGGGAUGGGUGAACCUUGAACUCCCCUCGCUUUAUGAAAAAAUAGUCCUACAGCGUCGCGGAGGGUUUUGCUUUGAGAAUAAUGGUCUGUUUUCCUGGCUUCUGGUCCAGCUAGGAUUUGAGGUGACAAUCUUAUCUGCUCAAGUGAGGAACCGUUUCACUGGAUUGUAUGGACCGCCGUUUGAUCACUUUAUUAUGCAGGUCACAGUCGACGGCCAUAGAUGGCUCUGUGAUGUGGGCUUUGGAUCUGGAUUUGAGCUUCCACUUUCCCUUGAGACUGACGGUCCCCAAAAACAAGGACGUGGAGUUUAUCGGUUAAGACAUCAAGGCGAGACUAUCUUUCUAGGAACCCAGUCAAGUAAUCAAAGUGAAGUGAAACAGAACCAGUGGACCGAACUAUACAAGUUUACUCUUGAACCACGUCGUCGAGAAGAUUUUCAUGCCAUGUGUGACUACCAUCAGACAUCACCAAGUUCAGUCUUCUUCUGCAAGUCUCUUUGUUCCCUCCUUUUGACACACGGAAGAGUCACAUACAUGGGCCGAAAACUGAAAGUUACCACCUUUUCUCCCGAGGACGGACAGCAGCAAAUAACGGAAACGGACCUAUCAGAUGAGGAGAUCCCGGAGAUACUGAAAGAAAAGUUUGGAAUCGUGCUUCCAUUUCCACUUAUUCCAAAAGAUAUCGAGAUAGUGCCACCUGCAGUAAUCUAUUAAUUUUUCAUUCUCAUUUCAAAGCACUAUAGUUUAAUCUUGGCGAGAUUAUUAACUGUUAAAUGGCGGGAUAAGUGAUAUUCCAACAGUCCUGGUGUACUUAAAUUGCUUUACAGGUCGGUGCUUUGAGGUAACAUGGAUAUCGAGGAGAUUACAGGGGGAUGUGAUUAAGACCUGCAAUUCCACUAUAAGCACCAUCAAAACUAGCGUUCACUUAACGUCAAAAUACAAUUCUUAUACGCAGGUCGAGAAAGUUUUAAGCAUUCCCUUUGUACCGUAUACUUAACCGUUUAUAUGAAAUAACUAUGUUCAUUAACAAUCAUUUGAUGUUUUUUGUUACUGAACAAGUAAACUAUUAUGUCUUAGAAGACCUUCCAUCUUCCUUCAGUGAAUUCAGCCGUGGUUUGGGGUACUUGCCAUAGAACUUAGAGAGAUGAUAGAAUACUGGGAAUAGUUCUUUCUUAAUCAGCUGUCUGUAAUAUGACAACAACACUGCUGUGCAC